CCCACCAAAAAUUUCAAGAAUUUCAGAUGCAUCCCCUCCUCUCUAUAUUUUGCAGAAAAAGAAAAUGGAAAAGAUUCAUACGGAACAGAAAAAUCAGUAUCCAAAGAAAGAAUUAUGAAUAUACAGUACACAGAUCACAACCAGAAAUAUAAAUGAAAAGCUGUGGACUUUAAAGGCAAACAAAAACGCCCACACACUAAAGCUUCUUCCUUUCUCUGCAAAUCUCAGUCACCUAAACGCUCCCUCCCCCCCCUCUCUCUCUCUCUCUCUCUCUCUCUGUUUUUCUUGCCUGGACAUGCAAAGAACCCAAUUGAGACACUGAAGAGUUUUCCAUUAGAAAGUGAAAGAAAGAGUGGAGUGAGAUCCCUUGAAGAGUUUUCCAUAGAACGACCAGAGGGUUUGAUAAACAUAUAAACAAUAUUAAGCAAAGCUAUAACCAGCAGUAUCAAGCUAAAGGAGAGAAAAAAGGGGUUUUGAGAAGAGAAGGGCUUUAUAUACUGUAAAGUGAGAUGGCUGAACCAACUUGUCUUAUGAGAUCAUUUUCUCAUCCAUCUAAUGCUUCCCGUGAAGCCAAACAGGGUGACCCCCUACGAGCCCUAACAGAAUCGAUCUCGUUUGGGAGAUUUAUGUCAGAAUCUUUAGCUUGGGAAAAAUGGUCAACCUUCUCGCAAAACCGCUACUUAGAAGAAGUUGAGCAGUUUUCCAAGCCAGGUUCUGUUGCUCAAAAGAGAGCUUAUUUUGAAGCUCAUUACAAGAAGAGAGCUGCCAUGAAAGCAGCAGCCUUGCUUGAGCAAGCAAAUGCUGCUGUAAAUAAUGCCUGUCAAGUAGAAAUUGCAGCUAAUAGUGUUCCUGGAGUAGAAAUUGCUGAAGAAACUCACAGUGACAGUCCUAUGGAUUCUGCCUUGGCUGAGGCAACCAGUGAUGUUGUAGUGAAUAUGCAACAGGAAAAAGGUGUCCUUGACCCACCUCAUUCUGCUGAUGUAAAUGCAUUUUAUCUGGGUGGUGAAAACGAAAAUUUACAAACUGCAAUGGUGGAAAGAGCUGAAGAGGUAAUAGAAGAGAAGGUUGAGGUGGAGAACCCUAUUCAGGAGGAAAAUUCAAAGCAGCUUGAUAAUGCUGAGGACUGUGACAAGAUUGUGGCCUUACCAGAAGACAAAAUUCCCAAGAAGGAACCUGUAGAGAAGUUGAAUUUGGCUUUACCAAGUAAUAAAAGACAAUUGAAUUCGUCAUUAAAAUCAAGUCAGAGCAGAGCCUCCAAACUCCCAAAGUCUUCUAGCAAACUGGUCAGUUCCACACAACUGAAAGGUGGAACAAAUGUCCAUCCAAACAGCAAUAAGUCUGUGGGAGGCUUGAUUGAUAAAAGGAGAUCAACUCCAAAAUCUGUCCACAUGUCAAUCAAUUUGGCUCCUCACUCUGGAGAAACCAACAAAAGUUCUGUCAGAAUGUUGAAAGAGAGUUCAACUACUACCCAAAAUCCAACGAGGGCAUCUGUUUACGGGAUAUCAAAGCUUCUUCCUUCGAUAAAUCGCCAGUCAGAGGAUAGAAGAACUCAUUCACUAUUCAACAAGUCAGUUUCUGGAGGAAAGGUAGUAGGCGGGAUAUUGCAGGCCCUCUCUGCGGACUGCACAAAAUCUUCAACUGUGAGUGGAAGCAAAGCACGAUCUCCAAUUAUGUCGUGUCCUUUUAGCUUUAGGAGUGAAGAAAGAGCCGCAAAGCGUAAAGAGUUCUUUCAGAAGCUUGAAGAGAAAAACAAUGCAAAGGAGAUGGAGAAAACACAUUUGCAAGUGAAAUCUAAGAUUCCACUGACACGACCUCAAUCUCCAAUACUUGGAAGAAAACCCUCUUCCAAUAUGAUCCAGAAAACAAAUGUUCAGCUUCAUCGGAGACCUUCAAUCAAUGGUGAAAGCUCCAAGCGUAUAGUACCAAAAGGUAAUUGCUCAGUCACUUUGCUACCAAAGAAGAAAGCACGUGAAAAUGCUUCUCCAAAUAUCCAGCACCCAUAGAGAGGAGGGUGCUUCAAGAAAGCAUCAAUAGAAGGUGAUUGUGUAGAUUUUAUUUUGCAAUUACACACUACAGGGAAGAAAAAUAAUAUUGUGAUGACAGUGAGAUUUAGAUUAGGGGAAUGUUAGUGGAGAGAAUGGUUUUUUCAAGGGCUGCUUUAAACAUCCAACAAAAUUUGACGCUUGUUCUUUUCUUUCUCUCUAUGGAUGUGCCAACGUAGAAAAGCAGUCUUGGGAAGGUGAUAGAAUACAUUACUUUUGUAUCCAGGGUUGACAUUAUCGUUAUAUGACUGCUUGUAAAAAGUUAUGUGCGUUUUAUGAAAUUGUGAAUGAUUAGCUUUC